GGCCACUUGACAAAAAUUGCUGAGGACUGCGGAGGAGGCUGGUUCCUUAUUGCGUAUUCGGAACUCUCACUUAGCAAGCAUAUAUACUCAUCAAACAGUGGCCUCCAGGCAGAGGAUCGAAAUGGCGAAGCUGCACCGGCUCAUCUCCGCCGUGCUGAGGCUGGCUGCAGCGGGAGCCGCCGCGGCCGCAGCCAUCAUCAUGGUGACCAGCCACGAGACCACCAGCUUCUUCGGCAUAGAGAUGGAGGCCAAGUACUCCUACACUCCAUCAUUCGUCUUCUUCGUGGUGGCAUUCGCUGUGGCUUUCGCCUACAGCCUGCUUGCGCUCCUCGCGCGGCCGGGGAGCACCGCCUCCAGAUUACUGCUCCUAAGCGACGUGAUGGUAGGGAUGCUGCUGACCGGCGCCGUGGCGGCCACCGGCGCGAUCUCUCAAGUCGGGAAGAGCGGCAACGAGCACGCCGGGUGGCUGCCCAUCUGCGCGCAGGUGCAGGCCUACUGCAGCCACGUGAUGGGGGCGCUCAUCGCCGGCUUCGUCUCGCUGCUCCUCUACUUCCUCAUCAUCAUGUACUCCCUCCACGCCGUGGCCGAACCCCUCUGCUCCUGCCAUUAAUUAGAAUCAAAGGCAGCAGUUCUUCCUGUUCGCGUUCACUUGCUUGUUGGUCAUAGAUCGGCCGAUCGAUUAACCAACCAUCGUCCGAGCCUUAAUUGUAUCCCGAUCGAUCGAGACCAGCUGCCACAGUUGUACGUUAAUUAUUUGCCGUUUGAUUAUAUCUUCUCGUUUAUUUCGUAAGUGGUCGUUUAUUUAUUUGUUCCCCCUGAAAUUAUAUUCAGGCAUUUGAGCUGCA